GCGGGGUCAUUCUGAUGGCGUGGCGAGAUGAUAGAUAGAUACAGCAUCUACGGUACUGCAGAGGAACCCAACUUGAACACUUUCUUGAGCAAUCACCAGUCAUAACUUCCAGCCAAAGCUGCAAAAUUCAACUUUUCUUCCCUUCCACUGCUGCAUGAGCUAGUUUCCAAGCCAUAGAGGAAGAGAUAGUCAGAGAUCUAAUGGAGUACGAGAGGAUAGAGAAAGUUCAGGCUGGAAUAAUUUCUCCCAGUAAACUGAGGAUGAAGUUGUUAGGGCCUCAUCAUCAUAGGAAGAAGGAUGGAUCCAAUAGUAAUUCAUCCAGAACUUCCCCUUCAAGGCUUGAAGAUGCUGAAUUUGUUAAUAGCUUACUUGCUUCAAAAAAUGACAACCUUGAAGAUGAAGUUACAUCUCCAAGCUUAGAGGUUCUAUCAUUAAAGCCAUCCAGUGAUGCUGUGGUGGACCGGAAACAGAGUGGGAAGAUUUCCCAUGAAGCAAAGGAGACAAUAGCGAAGGAAAAUGGUGAGACGGGUCGUGUAAAGAUGCAGCAUUUUCAGAAGGUUGUUGGUAGUGGAAGUUCAAGCACAAUUCACGCGCUGAGAUCAGUGGAAGAUGAAAAUCUUGAUUAUGACAGCAAUGCCAGCUCGUCGAGUUUUGAGUUUGAUAAAGGAGAGAGACCGGGGAACAAUCCUGCCACUAGAUCUCUAUUCAGACCUAUUCCUUCUAAGUGGAACGAUGCCGAGAAAUGGAUAAUGAAUAGGCAAAACAUACAUGCUAAUCACUCCAAAAAACAUGUUGCACAUAACCAAGCGAAUCGCAUGGCAUCAAGCAUGGUGAGGGUUGCUCCCGAGUCUGCUCAUUAUGAUCAUAAGCUCCCCACAGGCAAGGUGACGGAAACGAAGAGAGUUGAUUUCUGUCAACCCACAUCACAUACGGGAUUUGAAAAGUUCUCUUUUGUUCCCUCCGAUGCUCAUUCAGUUUCAGGUCAAGCACAUGGAGCAAAUCCAGUGGUAGAGUCUUUUCCCCAGAGCAAAGAUUUGAAGGAAGUGAAUGAAUUGGUUCUAUCUUCCUCAAGAGGAACAGAUGAUCAAUCAGUGAUGCCUGGGAUAAGAUCCGUUGCGAUGAGAGACAUGGGAACUGAAAUGACCCCUGUGCCAAGUCAAGAACCUUCGCGGACAGCUACUCCUGUUGGGUCUGCAACUCCACUACGGAGCCCAGUUUCGUCGAUGCCGUCGACUCCUCGGAGAGGUGCACCAGCUUCAACACCUUUGGACAACAUGACCGAUGAGGAUUCCCAGUUUCCCGUUGAAAAUGGCAGAACACAUUUGUCUGAAGAAGAGAUGAAGAUAAAGACAAGGAGAGAGAUUGCAGCCCUUGGAGUGCAGCUUGGUAAGAUGAACAUUGCUGCAUGGGCAAGCAAAGAUGAGCAGGAAAAGAACCAAUCUUCUCCUCAGGGCACCAAUAUGCAAGAACAGGAGAGAAUUGAAUUUGAAAAACGUGCUNCAUUAUUAUUGGGUGGUGAAACGGUGGGGUGGGCCUUUUGGUAG